AACAUCUUAACACUACGAGAGAGAGAGAGAGAGAGAGAGAGAGAGAGGGCGAAAAUGGCGGCGGCCAUGGGCGGAGCUCGAAGAGCUCUCCGAAGCCUCCGCUCUUCUUCUUCUUCUUCGAGGAGCCUCUUCUUCAUGGGGAGCUCCAAACCCUUCUCUUCUCCGCCUACUUCGACCUUCGCCCGAUCCUCUCGGCGGAGGCUUCCAUUAACGAUCUCUAGGCUUCCUGUGGAAUUGGGUUGUGCUCAAUCUUUGAUGCCGCUUCACAGCAUUACUGCUUCUGCAUUGCUCACUUCUAUGCUUUCUAUGAAGCCUGGUGGUUGGGCUUGGCUUUCGGAAGGGUUUGCAACGCCUCUAUAGCAUCAUAGAAGUCCGAAGCAUGCGCAAGGAUUCACUUCUCAAUAGUUUUUUGAUUUCAUCACAACUCCAAUAAUAUGUUUAAAAUGUAGAAGAAUACUUCCUUGAGUAGCAAUGGAGAUAUUUAUAUCGCUUUUCAAAGUGUUUCACUCAUUAGUCCACGGGCAAAUUGAGCUCUCCUUGCUUUUGUUCAUGAUGUUUUUUUGGGUCCAACUGAAGUAUAUUUUUAUCAAUCAUUUUGGACUUCAGUUAUGAAUUUAACCAAGUGACUGGUUCUGGUGAUUUUUUUUUUUCCAACUUGAGACCAUGCUGUAUGAUUUUGUGUUCUCUAUAUUUUCCUUAACUUGAUA